AUGGAGGUGUGGGUGUUCUGCCCGCUGAGCGGGUCAGCACUCAGCCCGGAGCCGCCCGGUCCGUCGUCAGCCUGGGAGCUCAGAUAUGAGACCCCAAACACGAAAUGGAAGGCUGAGUAUGAACUAAACGCAUCCACACCGACCGUAACAUCACCCCCCCUCAUUAUCACAGCAUUAAAGAUGAAGGCAGCUGAAGUUUAUUCAGGGAUGAAAAGACGUCCUGUCCUCCUGGAGGUGUUUCUGGAUACACCUCCAAUGAGGACAGGACAGGAUUCCCUCUGCAUAGCGGGGACUCUUGUUGUGCGUUUCCACGUUCCUUUGCUGCUGGCCAGUUUCCGGGGCACCGUCCAGCAUGGCCUCCCGCUGGAGAUUGGAGACACGGUGCAGAUCCUGGAGAAAUGUGAAGGAUGGUACCGGGGAUUCAUCCUAAAGAAUCCAAACAUUAAGGGGAUUUUCCCGUCCAGCUAUAUCCACUUGAAAAAUGCUCAUGUGAAGAACAAAGGGCAGUUUGAGACGGUCAUCCCCGUGGAGGACUCGGUCAUCACGGAGAUGACGUCCACGCUGCGCGAAUGGGGCGCCAUGUGGAAGCAGCUUUACGUGAAGCACGAGGGGGAUCUGUUCCACCGGCUGUGGCACGUGAUGAAUGAGAUCCUGGACCUGAGGCGGCAGGUGCUGGUGGGCCACCUCACCCACGACCGCAUGAAGGACGUCAAGCAGCACAUCACGGCCCGACUGGACUGGGGCAACGAACAGCUGGGCCUGGACCUGGUCCCCCGGCGAGAGUUCAGCAUGGUGGACCCCGACGAGAUCAGCGUCACCGAGCUCUACCGACUGAUGGAGCACCGGCACCGUAAGAAGGAGACUUCUGCCCCCGCCAGCACCCACCACCUGUUUGUGCACGUGAAAAGCCUCAUGAACGUCAACCUGGGGGAGGAACUGGAGGUCUUCUUUCAUAUUUACGACGGACGGGAGAACAAACCACUCAGCGAACGCUUCUUUGUCAGGCUGAACAAGAGCGGGCUGCCAAAGUCGCCCGAGAAGACGGAGAGACAAUGCACGCUCUUUGUGGAUUUGGGAAGCAGCGAUCUACGAAAAGACGUCUACAUCGUCGUGCACAUCAUAAGAAUAGGGCGGAUGGGAGCGGGAGAGAAGAAGAAUCUGUGCAGCGUCCAGUACAGGCGGCCGUUCGGCUGCGCUGUGGUCAGCAUCGCCGAUCUCCUCACUGCUGACUCCAAAGAUGACCACCUGCUUAAAGUUUACGCGUGUAACACUGAGAGUGAGUGGUACCAAAUCCAUGAGAACAUCAUCAAAAAGGCCAAUUCCAGGUACAAUUUAUCUGGAUCCAACACAGGCCUGGCCGUGGCUCUGCAGCUCCUACACGGAGACAUAGAGCAACUGAGGCGGGAGUACAUGGUCCUCUUCACCCGGGGCGUGUCCAUCACCAGGAAGCUGGGCUUCUCUGAUGUCAUCAUGCCAGGAGAGAUGAGGAACGACCUCUACGUUACCCUGGAUAAAGGGGAGUUUGAGAAAGGUGGAAAGAGCGUGGCGCGGAACGUGGAAAUAACCGUCUACGUGCUGGACAUCGAUGGCCAAAUCCUCAAGAGUCACGUGGCGGCCGGCUCGGGCGAGCCCGGCGGGGACGAGUACCACUCCCUGGUGCUGUACCACAACAACAGCCCCCGCUGGGCGGAGCAGAUCAAGCUGCCCAUCCCCGUGGACAUGUUCCGGGGAUCCCACGUGCGCUUCGAGUUCCGACACUGCUCCACUAAAGACAAAGGAGAGAAGAAACUGUUUGGGUACUCCUUUGUUCCUCUGAUGCAGGAGGAUGGCAGGACUCUGCCAGAUGGCACCCAUGAGCUCAUUAUCCAUAAGUGUGAGGAAAACACCCUCUUGACUGACUGUUCGCGGUACCUGAAGCUCCCGUUCUCCAAGGCCAACCUCCCGUCCAACAAUCAGACGCUAAAGGGCACCAAGGAGUCUUUCUGGAUAACCAGCUUCCUCUGCUCCACCAAGCUCACGCAGAAUGGGGAGAUGUUGGACCUACUGAAGUGGCGAGCCCACCCUGAGAGGAUCAACGACAGCCUCUCCAAGCUCAAAGAGAUCGACGGCUCAGAGAUUGUGAAAUUUCUUCAGGACACCUUGGACACUCUCUUCGGUAUUUUGGAUGAAAGCUCCCAGAGAUACGGGCUCAAGGUGUUUGAUUCACUGGUUCAUAUCAUCAACCUCCUCCAGGACAGCAAAUUCCAACACUUCAAACCAGUCAUGGACACGUACAUCGAGGGCCACUUUGCCGGAGCGUUGUCCUACAGGGACCUGAUCAAAGUACUGAAGUGGUACGUGGACCGCAUCGUUGAUGCCGAGCAUCAGGAUCACAUACAGCAGGUGCUCAAGGCCAGCGAGUACAUCUUCAAGUACAUCGUCCAGUCCCGCCGGCUCUUCUCUCUGGCCACGGGGGGCCAGAACGAGGAGGAGUUCAGGGUCUGCAUCCACGAGCUCUUCAUGUCCAUCCGCUUCUUCCUCUCCCAGGAGAACAAAGGCAUCAGCCCGGUGGCCCAGACGCAGGCUGUGUUCCUGCGGACGUUCCCGGCCAUCUAUGGCGAGCUGCUGAAGAUCUUCACGGUGCGGGAGGUGGCCGGCUUCGUCCGGGAGACGCUGGCCAGCCUUCCCGCCGCCGUCCACCCCGACAGCCCCCUGGAGGCCGUCAAGCUGCAGUGCAUCUCCAAGACGGUCGAGAGCCAGCUUUACGUCAACCCAGAAUCCCGAUGCGUGCUGCUGCCCGUGGUGCUCCGGGUCCUCCAGACCCACAUGCAGGAGCAGAGGGACCUGGUCAUGUGUGCCCGCAUCCUCACCAGCAUGCUGUCCCUCAUAAAGAAGGAGGAGAGCAGCACCCCGGAGCCGGCUGUUUCUGAGGAAGUGGAGCUAAUUGUGGAGAGCCUUCUGGUCGUUUUGCUGAGGACCAUCCUGGAAAUUAGCAACCGGCCCCAACCUGCUGGACCCACCAUGAGGCUGCAGUUCCAGGAUGUGACUGGAGAGUUUGUAGCGUGUUUGCUGGCGCUCCUGCGGCAGAUGAGCGACAGACACUACCAGCAGCUGCUGCAGGCCUACAGCAGCAAAGACGACCUGAGGGACUUCCUCCUUCACAUCUUCACAGUCUUCAGGAUCCUGAUAAGACCAGAGAUGUUUCCUAAAGACUGGACUGUCAUGCGGCUGGUCACGAACAAUGUCAUCAUCACCACUGUCCUCUACCUUUCUGAUGCGUUGAGGAAAAACUUCCUCGGUGACAAGUUUGACUACAAGGUGUGGGACUCGUAUUUCUAUCUGUCGGUGAUAUUCAUCAACCAGCCUUGUCUCCAGCUGGAGUCCUUCUCUCCCUCCAAGAGGAAGAGGAUACUGGAAAAGUACGGAGACAUGAGGGUGAUGAUGGGCUGCGAGAUCUUCAGCAUGUGGCAGAACUUAGGGGAGCAUAAGCUCAACUUCAUUCCGGCCAUGAUUGGGCCCUUCCUGGAGGUCACCCUGGUGCCUCAACCUGAUUUGAGGAAUGUCAUGAUCCCCAUCUUCCAUGACAUGAUGGACUGGGAGCAGAGACGCAGUGGGAAUUUUAAACAGGUGGAGGCCAAGCUGAUUGACAAGCUGGACAGCCUGAUGUCGGAAGGCAAGGGGGACGAGACGUACAGGGAGCUCUUCAACAGCAUUAGAAUUCCUCUGUUUGGUCCGUACCCUAGCCUGCUGAAGAAGAUCGAGCGGGAGACCUGGAGGGAGAGCGGGAUCUCUCUGAUCGCCACUGUCACUCGCCUCAUGGAGAGGCUGCUGGACUACAGAGAUUGUAUGAAGCUGGGGGAGGUGGAUGGCAAAAAGAUUGGCUGCACUGUCAGUUUGUUGAACUUCUACAAAACCGAGCUGAACAAGGAGGAAAUGUACAUCCGCUACAUCCACAAACUGUACGACCUGCACCUGAAAGCCCAAAACUACACAGAGGCGUCCUACACCCUCCUGCUCUACGACGAGUUGUUGGAGUGGUCAGACAGGCCCCUCCGAGAGUUCCUCAACUACCCCAUGCAGAGCGAGUGGCAGAGAAAAGAGUAUCUGCACCUCACUAUCAUCCAGAACUUUGACCGGGGCAAGUGUUGGGAGAAUGGCAUCAUCCUCUGCAGGGAGCUGGCUGACCAGUACGAGUCCUUCUAUGACUACAGGAACUUAAGUAAAAUGAGGAUGAUGGAAGCUUCUCUUUAUGACAAGAUUAUGGAUCAGCAAAGAUUAGAACCAGAGUUCUUCAGAGUUGGAUUCUAUGGAAAAAAGUUCCCCUUCUUCUUACGGAACAAGGAGUUUGUGUGCCGUGGCCAUGACUACGAGAGGCUGGAGGCUUUCCAGCAGCGGAUGCUCAACGAGUUCCCGCACGCCAUCGCCAUGCAGCACGUCAACCAGCCCGAUCAGACCAUAUACCAGGCCGACGCGCAGUACCUGCAGAUCUACGCGGUGACUCCCAUCCCGGAGAGCCAGGACGUGCUCCAGCGCGACGGCGUGCCCGACAACAUCAAGAGCUUCUACAAGUUUAACCACAUCUGGAGGUUCCGAUACGACCGGCCCUUCCACAAGGGGACCAAAGACAAAGAGAACGAGUUUAAGAGCCUGUGGGUGGAGAGGACAACCCUGACUCUGGUCCAGAGCCUCCCGGGCAUUUCCCGCUGGUUUGAAGUGGAAAAAAGAGAGCUGGUGGAGGUCAGCCCGCUGGAGAACGCCAUCGAGGUCAUCGAGAACAAGAACCUGCAGCUGCGCACGCUCAUCACCCAGUGCCAGAGCCGGCAGAUGCAGAACAUCAACCCCCUCACCAUGUGCCUCAACGGGGUCAUCGACGCCGCUGUCAACGGGGGGCUGGCCCGCUACCAAGAGGCCUUUUUUGUCAAGGACUACAUCAUGAACCACCCCGAGGACGGCGACAAGAUCGGACGUCUGCGAGAGCUCAUGUUCGAGCAGGCACACAUACUGGAGUACGGCCUCGCCGUGCACGAGAAGUUUGUGCCCCAAGACAUGAGGCCUCUCCACAAGAAGCUGGUGGACCAGUUCCAUCUCAUGAAAUCCAGCCUGGGCAUCCAGGAGUUCCCGGCCUACGUGCGAGCGAGCCCCGUGCACUUCACCAACGGGAGCCCCCGGACCUGCAGGAACUCGGUGCCCAGCAUCAUCAGCCCGGACGGCGGGCGAAGCCUGGCCAGGCGCAGCUACCCUGCAGUGAACCGGUACUCCUCGUCCUCUUUGUCCUCUCAAGCCUCCAACGAAGUGAGCAACAUCACCGGCCAGUCGGAGAGCUCGGAUGAAGUCUUCAACAUGCAGGUGAUCCCUCUCUGGAACACACACACACACACACACGCGCGUGCCGGCAUCCUCUCACACACUCUCACACACUCACGUAGAUUGAGUCCGCGUCCUAACAUUUGCCCUCCUGCUCCCUCCAGAUUUGACUCUCAAUGCUUUUUAAUCCACCCUCACUCUGUUCCACCCCCAUUUCUCCUCUUCUCUGACCCCUCUUUCUCUCUCCAUCUUCCUCUCUUUCUUGCCACGGUGCCCCCCUUCACCCCUUCGCCCACCGAGUGCCAGUCCAGCAGCCUGGUGUCCGGCUCGCCGGUGCUGUCCGGCAGCUACAGCAGCGGCAUCUCCUCCCUGAGCCGCUGCAGUGUGUCCGAGGCCUCGGGCACCGAGCUGCCGGCCGGUGACCACCCACCACUGCCCCCCCACCCACUGCCCCCCCACCCGCUGCCCCCCCCGCCCGCCGCCCUGCCCAACUCUAGCUCGGACGAGCCCGUCCGGCGGGAGAACAAGACCCCGCCCCCCUACAGCGUCUACGAGCGGAACAACCCCCGCCGGCCCGUGCCGCUGCCCCACAGCCUGUCCAUCCCCCCCCCAGGCCGACCCCCCCGCCCUGCCGCCCAAGCCCCACCAGCUGCGCACGGGCAGCAUGAAGCUGGACGGGGGCGCCGACCCCCGGGUGCCCAGACCCAGGCCCCUGCCCAGGAAGAACACCACGCAGUUUCUCCUCUGCUGAGAAAUUUGGAAUUGCCCUGCUACCUCAAAGGCCGAGGCAUUGAUCAGCCCUUUGAAAGCACUGCUCUGGCCUUUUGGGCAUUUUUUAAAUGGGAGUUAGCCCUUAAAGUAUAA